UCGGCUCGGCAGUACAGUGAUAUGGUCAGAAAAGAAGACAAGAGGAAGCUUUUUGUGACUUCUGUCUUGGAAAUAAUUGAUAAAUACAAUAUGACUGGAUUCCUACUAAAUUGGCAAUACCCAACCUAUUGGGAGAACUCUGUAAGCGCAAAAGGGAAACUGGAAGAUUAUCUCAAUUUUCCGCAACUGGCUGAAGCACUCUCAGAAUCUUUAAGAGAGAAAAAUCGAACUUUACAUUGCUUCGGCACAAAUUCAAUGGCGUUUUUACUAUUUUUCAAUUUUAAAAAACUGGAAGGAUUAAUUGAUACAUGGAUGCUUCCUGCUUUCCAUUUUGAAGGUGGAUGGUCAUAUGCAACAGCAAUAUCAUCAUAUGUCAGAAGAGCGGAGGCGAUGAUAAGCGGCUAUUCAAAAAUGAUCAAUCCUGAAAAAAUUGAGCUUGGAAUACCGACCAUUUUUUUGCCACUAGUUGCUGAACAAAAUUCUAAUAAAAAACUAGGGAGUCCUUUCCGUGCAUCUGCUAAAGCUAACGAAAGAUUGUCAAGAUUCAGAUGGUUAUGCGAGGAAGCGGCUAAAGGAGGAAUGCAGAUUGUGCACAAUGAAACUGACAAAAUAAAUUCUUAUGCUUAUGUUAACAAUGAUUGGGUAUCCUUUGAAUCAACAAUGACUGCGGCUAAUAAGGCGACGCUGGUUGAACUCAAAAACUUAGCCGGAGUUUAUGUGCCUUACAUAACUGCGGACGAUUUUGAUGGAAUGGCUUGCAACUGUGGAAAAUAUCCUAUUCUCAGGGCAAUUAAUAAUGUGGUGAGGGGAGCAAAAUUAUGUGAAACAAAAGUAUGUCCUUGAAUUUAAUUGAAGAAAAAAAAUCGAAAAAAGCCUAUUAAAUUAACAUUA